AUGACCAUGUUCGGGGUGUUAAUUUUAUGUCUUCAUAUAUCGGGCACUUAUAUUGAGCGCCUUAGUCUACCUCCGGGUCCUAUAGGCGUACCACUGCUUGGAUUCCUCCCAUUCCUCGGUUCACAACCGCACAAAGAUAUCGCAAAAUUGAGUGAUAAAUACGGACCACUUUUUACACUGCAAUUAGGAGUUCAUAACACAGUUAUAGUGAAUGCGUGGGAAUCGGCAAAAGACACGCUUCUCAAUGACUGCCUCUUAGACCGACCCAAAGAGAGUCCGUUUACGCUUACGGACGACUCCAUCAGUUUUAUGGACGAUAGCGGACAGGUAUGGAGAGAGCACAGAAAGUUUGCUCAGCAAACCUUCCGAGACAUUGGUUUUGGGAGGGAAUGUAUGGAGGAUAAGGUGGUCAAUGAGAUCGCAUACCUCACGGCACUCAUCGACGAGACCGACGGCCGGGCGUUUGAUUUGCAAACACUACUCACUCCCAGCGUAUCCAACAAUGUGUCUCAAUUGGCGUUUGGCCACCGCAUGGACUUCAAUGAUCCCGAAAGGGUUUUUCUCGACGCCCUCAUAGACAGGGCUUCGCCGCUGUUGUCAUUGCUGGGAGUGCUGGCGGUGUCCCCCCUAUGGCUCAAGUCACACCAGAAAACUAUGGAUACAAAUAAUAAACGCGAUUAUAUCGACGGAUUCCUCCAUGAGAUGGAAAAAAGACGACAAACUGAUCCCAACACUAGUUUCACGGUUAAAAAGUGCUCAUCAAAUGCCAGAGCAUUCUUCGGCGCCGGCAGUGAGACCACCCGUACGGCAGUCGUGUGGACCGUAUUGUUGGCCACAAAACACAAAGACCUCCAAAAGAGGUUACACCAAGAGAUUGAUGGUGUGAUCGGCAGAGACCGGAGCCCCCGUUGGGCCGACAGACUGGACAUGCCGUACACUCAGGCAUUCAUUUGCGAAGUAUUUCGUUGGAAACCCGCUGUACCGCUAAGUCUCAUGAGAAGGGCUUCCGAAGACACGUAUAUAUUGGGUCAUUUUAUCCCUAAAGAUAGUCGAGUGUUGGUUAAUAUAUGGGCAGUUCAUCAUGAUCAUAAAUUGUAUCAAAAUCCUGAGCUUUUUAACCCUGACCGAUUUUUAACAAAUGAUGGCAAGAACUUGAUUAAAACUGAAGCGUUGAUACCAUUCUCUAUGGGUAAACGCAAUUGUGUUGGCGAGACAUUAGCACGAGUGGAGGUAUUCCUGUAUUUGGUAUCACUUUUACAAAGAUAUACAAUAAGUGCCGAAAACGAAGAGUUGUUGUCAUUAGAGGAUGUCUUUGGGCUAACACUACAGCCAAAAGAAUCGGUUAUUCUUAGGUUUGCUAAACGUCUAUAA